AUGGGCCGUCCUGGACAGGAACAGCAGCACAGUAGCCUGGGUCCUCAUACAAGUCGUCCCCGCCGUGGGCUCGGGCAUGCUCCUCAACACUCUGCUACCAGCCUUCCAGGCAGGGAAAGGUCGCAGUCAAGUUCCGGAAUAUCCUCCAUGAGCGAAAGCUCACCGACCACCAAUGCGACCAUUGAUUCAAAGAUCACCACACCAGGAUGUCUAAGCUCAAUGCCGGGGAGCUUGGAGCCCUUGCCGGCUGACAUAACAAUGGCUUUCUUCGCGUUCGUGGGCGAUUCACCUUCACCCAUGACCGAUGUCUUCUCACUCUCAUUCAUGCGGACAUAUCUCGACACGUCAAUACCGAUUCGUGCUGUUGUAACGACAAUUGGCAAAAUAUGUCUAGAGUACUCAAAGACCACCGCUUUAGAAAAGAAGCAAAAAGCUGCGGCCGCAAUCAUAGCCCAGGACCGAUAUAAGUUGAAGGAAUUCCUUGACGUUCUCACAUCUCCCGAAAGCAGUGACCAGCACUUGACGUUGCUGUACGGGAUUUUGUUGGCUUAUGCCGAGACAAUGACUGGCCAGUCAUGGCUCUUCUUUCAGGCCACAAUGAGAAAGUUGACGGAAAAGGUUCAACAGCAGGUCCAGGAGAGAAAAAGAGCACCACUUUUGUACUUUGACAAAGGAUUGCUGAUGAACUACUCGCUCAUGGCAACUUACCACUGUCUAGUAUCGUUCGAAGACACCUUUCUUGUCGAUGUCGAACUCUACGAUCCAAAGCCUUUUGACAAUAUUGAUGCGAUUACUAGCCAAGUUCGUAUCAACUCCGCCAUAUUACACCACUACACAAAAUACGUAGCCAAUUUUGCGCGACUGCAUCACAGGGCAACAAAAUGGGUGCGACAAGCGCGUCACGUUUUGAAUGACCGCCAUAUGGCUGCUGAACCGCCACCUCACGAAGAGCUCAAGAAGAUACUAUCAGAAGCUGGGCUUUUGCAGCAGGGAACGGAGAUUAUUGAAAGUUCGGCAGCGGUCAUUGAUGUGAUGGAGAACCUUCGAGGACACAGAUACGACGAUGGCGACGAGGCGGACAAGAACGACUUUGGCAUUCUGCGCGAGGCCUUUUACCAUUUUUCGCUGAUGGGAAUAACGCGAACAUUUUGGGAUCCGGCGUGGAAGCUUAUUGACGAGGACCUGCCACACAUGACAGACAUGCCGGAUCUCGAAGGACAUGGAUUGUUCGUCCUAGAGAGGCUAGAACAACGGACUCCCGUUGUCGGGCUAGAGUCAUGGAGCUACCUUGUUGUGCUAAUGGGCGUUGCCUUAGAGGCUAAGAGAGAUGAUAUCCGGCAACGAGUGGCUGUCCUGCUCAACGACAUACUGGGCAAAGGCUUUGCCAUCGCCGGAGCUUUAUUAACUGACGUGAAUAUGAUUUGGGGCAUGGAUUAUGCAUCUGGACACGAAUGCAUUGGACCUAGCGCGUGA